CGUAAAUAAACUACAGAACCAUUUGGCGCAAGUAACUAAUGUCAUUUCAAUAGCAUCUUACCAGCUGCAACAUUUAGUCGUUUUAUUUAUAUAAUUAGUUAUUUUUGUCCAUUGGACCUAUAUAACAAAAAUGAUAAUUAAAGUUAUUGGAAUCUCUACAACUUUGGGAAUGCGGAAUUUGGCUAUACGUAAUUUGGCAAGGAUAUCUAGUAACUUAUACCACCUUAAUAUAACGCAGCGAGAAGUUCUUCAAUGUUCUAUCAAAACUUACCCGGUGUCCAAAAAUUUUCAGAUCAUAAAUUUUAGCACGGAAAACUCACACCGAAAACCAAUACCGUCUGUACAAUAUAAUGAUAUCAAGGAGUUACCGAAUCAUCCUGAAAAAUUAUUAAUAGAUGUGCGAGAGUUACAAGAACUAGAAGAAACAGGAAAGAUUCCAACAAGUAUAAAUAUUCCGUUAGACUCCGUGGUGCAGGUACUGGCCGAAGACGUUAGACCUCAAAUGUUCCUGUCUAAAUAUGGUCGCCGAAAGCCAACUUUUGAUGAUGAAAUAAUUUUUACAUGUAGGAGUGGAAAACGUGCCUUAAAAGCUGCAGAAAUUGCAAAUGCAAUGGGAUUUAAAACUGUAAAAUUUUAUGAAGGAUCAUGGGAGGAUUGGGUCAAAAAUGAAGAAAAAAAUUAAAAUUACAAGAUUCUUUUAACGAAUU